AUGGGGCUCUCGGACGGUCGGCGCAAGCAGCGCCUGGUGGGCUCCGCCGUUGUGCGAAAUACUGCAUGGGCCAGUGACGCGUCUUUACCGGGGCAGAGAAUGAUGGAGAGCAUGGGCUGGUCGCCAGGCUCUGGUCUCGGGACUUUGCAGCAGGGUAUGUCGACCAACCUAGCGGUGUCGAUGAAAUUGGAUACCAAGGGGAUUGGCGCGCAGCGCCAUGAGCGCGAGGCACUUCAGCAAGGAAAAAGCGAUGCAUGGAUUGGUGCUGGUGGUGACUUGGGGUCAUUGUUUGAGCGAUUGGCGCAGGCGAAUUGUACGCCUAGCGGGUCAGACUCAGCAAGUCAGGCACCGCCUAAAAAGAAGACCAAAUUGGCGGAGACGACAGAGGACGAGAGCGUGCGACGCCAAAGCGUAUCGCGACUUGCUCACCGAGCCAAGUUCCGGCGUGCAAAGCAACUGGCCACUACGAAUGCGAUGAGCAUGAAUGAAAUAUUUGGGAUUAGCAGUACGAACGAAGGGAAAGUGUGUACGAGUGCAUUGGAGGAGGAUAGAAGUCAAUCGGAUGCAGAGACUAAGCCUAAAAACAAGUCCAACGAAAAGAUGGCCAAGGGCAAGGACAAGGGCAAGGGCAAGGACAAGGACAAGGACAAGGACAAAAACAAGGACAAAAACAAGGACAAAAACAAGGACAAAAACAAAUCCAAAUCCAAGUCCAAGUCCCUUCAAUCGGACAAAAAGUCUACGAAACCCAACGAAACGUCCACACCCAAAGACCCGCCAUCCAAUUUAAUCAUCAGCCCCGGCGGCCAGUUUGUCUUCCAGUACCUGUCCAAUAAAUUGAUCCGCAAACGUGCCGAAAUUGCGCAGAAACGCGGGGCAACAGGGCAAUGGUGGUAG